AACGUUGUCUGUAUCAUGGCCGCGGGAGCCGGGACGGGGGGUCUCGCUUCCGGCCCGGACGUCCUGCGUGAUCCGGCGGCGUCACAGUCGAGGAAGCGGCCCGGUCGGGAAAGUGGGGAGCGUGCGCGGCGAACGGACGCGAUGGCGGGAGGAGGCGGGAGCAGCGACGGCAGCAGGAGGGCGGCAAGCCGGCGGGCGUCCCGCAGCGGUGGGCGGGCUCGGCGAGGGCGGCACGGUCCCGGGCUGGGGGGUGCUGGGGAGCGGGCCGCGGGGGAGGCACGGCUGGAGGAGGCGGUGAACCGCUGGGUGCUCAAGUUCUACUUCUACGAGGCGCUGCGGGCCUUUCGAAGCAGCCGGUACGGGGACUUCAGGCAGAUCCGGGACAUCAUGCAGGCUUUGCUUGUCAGGCCCUUGGGGAAGGAGCAUACCGUGUCCCGGCUGCUGCGGGUUAUGCAGUGCCUAUCUCGCAUUGAAGAAGGGGAAAAUUUAGACUGUUCCUUUGAUAUGGAGGCUGAGCUCACACCCCUGGAAUCAGCAAUCAAUGUACUGGAGAUGAUUAAAACGGAAUUUACACUGACAGAGGCAAUGGUGGAAUCCAGUAGAAAACUGGUCAAGGAGGCUGCUGUCAUUAUUUGUAUCAAAAAUAAAGAAUUUGAAAAAGCUUCAAAGAUUUUGAAAAAACAUAUGUCCAAGGACCCUGCAACUCAGAAGCUGAGAAAUGAUCUCCUGAACAUUAUCCGUGAAAAGAACUUGACCCACCCAGUUAUCCAGAACUUUUCCUACGAGACCUUCCAACAAAAGAUGCUUCGCUUUCUCGAGAGUCACCUGGAUAAUGCAGAGCCCUACCUCCUCACGAUGGCCAAAAAGGCCUUGAAAUCUGAAUCUGCUGCAUCAACUACCGUGAAGGAAGAUAAACGGCCAGCACCAGAGCCUGUGGAAAAGGCACCCAGAGAACCUGUGAGGCAGCUACGGAAUACUCCAACCACCUUUGGAAUUAUGACUCUGAAAGCAGCUUUCAAGACUCUGUCUGGUUCACAAGAUUCUGAGGCAGUCUUCUCAAAACUGGACCAGAAAGACCUGGUACUUCCUAAUAAAGCAUCCCCAUCAUCGCCAGCCCUCAAAAACAAGAGACCAAGAAAAGAUGAAAACGAAAGUUCAGCUCCUGCUGAGGGAGAGGGUGGCUCUGAACUGCAGCCCAAGACCAAGCGUAUGACAAUAAGCAGAUUGGUUUUGGAGGAGGAUAGUCAGAGUACUGAGCUGAACUCAGGCCUCGACGCCUCUCAGGAAGUCAUUCCAUCAUCACCAUCCAAGCCUGCCGUUCUCAACCAACCGCUCCCCAGGGAGAAGAAUCCCAAAUUACCCAAAGCCAAGUGGAACAGUUCUAAUGGGGUUGAAGAAAAAGAGACUUGGGUGGAAGAGGAUGACCUGUUUGAUGUUCAGGCAGCACCAGAUGAAGAGAGUACAACCAGUGCAACAAAAAAGCAGAAGUGGACUAUAGAAGAAAGCGAGUGGGUCAAGGCUGGAGUGGAGAAAUUCGGGGAAGGAAACUGGGUUGCCAUUUCUAAAAAUUACCCAUUUGUUAACCGAACAGCUGUGAUGAUUAAGGAUCGCUGGCGGACCAUGAAAAGACUUGGCAUGAAUUGAAACAAGCUUUCGUUUCCACAGGAUUCACAAGAGUAUGGUUCCUAAUUAAUAGCCAGAUAGUCUGCUCUUUCUUUCAGAAGCUGGGCUAGGAUAAAAAUUUUGGGCAUCCUCAUCCGAUGUGGGGAAGGUCCCAGUUCUACUUCAUCACUGUUGGAGAUCAUAGAGCUGAAAGACAAAGCCAAGUCUACCCUAUGUCCUUGGCAGAGAUGACAGGCAGACAGCUUGUACAGUGCCAGAAUAUCAUUAGUAUUUCCCUUCUUCAGUGGUUUGCUUGAAUUUAAAUCCCCAGUAAUCAGUAGAACCUUCUCCUAGGAAUACGGUGGAGUCUGUUAGAAGCACUUAGGACUCCAUGACCUGUUAAAACCAGCAACAUGAGCAUUAUCUGGAGUGAACUUGUUCCAGGUAAAGCUUUGGCCUCCUGAUGCAAAUGCAAAGGAACUUCAUCUGUCAUGAGCCCAGGCUAAUAAUAAUGAAUGAGAGACCAGUCGUGGUGGAAUCAGGGUCCCUUUAAAAACUGUUUAGCCUGUUGUGACAUCAACACCUAGACCUAGUCUUGGCAUUUGCUCUUACUAUUUGCUGGACUACAUAGGCAGGUUUAACCUCCACUUCUCAUGUGGUUGAACCAGUGUGUUUUUUGGUGAUUGUAGAAAAGCUUAGCUCCUCCCCCAUUCUCUUCCCAAUUCCCUUCCCUAUGCUGGACUUUUAAAGCUUAAAAAAUCCUGAUUGAAUAUAAAUGCCUAAUUCCAU